AAUAUCAUCUUCCAGAAACUUCCACCUUCUCCUCCCUGCCGCCUUCCUGUUCUUCACAACCCAGCUGGAGGAGAAGAGAGCAAUAGCUCAGUUUCAAGACGAAUUGUUGCUUUCAAGCCUCGCCAGGUUCUCCUUGCAGAGCAGAAGGAGAAGGGAAAGCUCGAGCGCACAGGACGGACAAUGACGAAAACGCUAGUUAAGGAGGAGCAGCAGCAGCCUGAAACUAAGAUUGCUCUUCUUCACUCUGUCAUUCAGUAUAUUCAUGACAAGGGUUUUUCCAAGACGUUUAAGCGCUUCUUGAAAGAAGCUCAAGUUGAGGAUGAUUCUUGGAAGGCAGAUUCAUUUGACUUGGAGGAGAUGUACUGCAAAUAUUUAGAUAACUGUAGAAGUGCUGAUACAGAUUUCAAAGGCCAGAAGGAGCAAGAACAAGGUGCUGAUGGGACGAUGGACAAAGAUGCUCCUGUAGAAACUGCUAGUAAGAAGAAGCAGAAAAAGAGUACUGAAGAAAACGAUGAUGCCAAAUCUGUUAUUUCUGAGGUGAAGGCAGAUGAGUCCAUGAAGGAGCCGAUAGACAAGAAGAAGAAGAAGAAAAAUAAGUUAACAUCUGAAUCACUUGAUGAUAAUGGAAAACAAGAAGACUCAUUGCCUAAGGCCAUUGAAGGAAAACCAGAAAGUUUAGAAAUUAUCAGCUCCAAUGGCAAUAAAGACUCUUCAGAGACAACUAAACCUAAGGAUAAGCUGAAGAAGCAGAAGCUAAGGAUGGUUUCUCCUGUUGAUGAUGGCAAGGGAGCAGAAAGUGCAGUUAUCAGGGACACAGACAUGGACACUGUAGACGUCCCAUUGGAUGAUAGUAAACUGAAACUGAAAGAAAAGAAGAGAAAGAAAAAGGAUGUAUCUGAUACUGGUGUGGAAAACAAAGGAAAUUCACAGGAGACAUCAGAUAAUGUUGCCAACAAGGAGUCAAAGAAGAGAAAAAGAUCUGCUUCUGAUGAAAAGAAGGAUAAGCCUGUUGAAGGAGCAGCAAUUGAAGAAUCCAAAAGGAGAAAAACUGAAGGCAUAGACGAAGCUGAGGUUGUUGUGAAGCAAGGUGAAGUCAAUUUGGUUCUUGGAGGUGAUGGUCAUGUUGCUGGAGAAACGGAAAAGGAGAAUGGCGAUGUUAGUGAGCCGCAGAAACAGUUCAAUGUAAACACACAGGGGGUUCUCAAGAAAAAUAGUGUUGAGAGAUCUGCUGCGCAGAAAUGUGCUAGGAAACAGCGCAAUGGAUCUGCUGAGCCUAAAACAGCGAAUGCUUUUCAAAGGGUGAAAGUUGAUGCAGUGGAGUUUGCUGAUGAGAGGCUUCAGGAUAAUUCUUAUUGGGCAAAGAGUGGUGCAGAAAUUGGUUAUGGUGCAAAAGCACAAGAAGUCCUGGGCCAGGUGAAAGGGAGGGGCUUCCGGCAUGAAAAGACCAAGAAGAAGCGUGGUAGCUAUAGAGGAGGGCAGAUUGACUUGCAAUCACACUCAGUAAAGUUUAAUUACUCCGAUGACGAGUAAUGAUCGCCAUUGAAUCUGAGUGGCCUGCAAUUUUGGGGUGCUUUCUAGCUUGCAAAAUUUUGUCUCUCCAACAUGUUAUUCUUCAUUGGUCGCUAUAGUUAUUGGAUUUGGUGAUCCAAAUGGGUGUAAUAUUUUUGAGUUGAUUAGCAAUAUAUGCCAAUUGACACAAAACUGUUAAGAUAUCAUGCAGUUGACUGUCAUUUUUUUUUUUUUUGAAUCUGUUGUUUAUGGUUAUUGCCA